AUGAAGGCCAACGUUAUCGCCGCUACCAUCCUUGCCGCCUUCUCGGCUGGCGCUUUCGCUCAGGACCAGGAGGCCGAGUUCCCCACUGGCUUCCCCACCGACCUCCCCUCCGGCUUCCCUACCCAGGUCCCCGGUGCUGCUAAGCCCUCCGGCGGCUUCGGCGGUGGCUUCCCCGGCUUCCCCUCCGGUGGCUUCCCCACUGGCUUCGGCGGUGCCCGCCCUACCCAGGUUCCCGGCGCUGCUGCCCCCUCCGGUGGCUUCGGCGGCAACUUCCCCCACUUCGGUGGUCACUCCGGCUUCCAGACCCGCACCCGCGGCUCCUCCGAGGAGGCUGCUGGCUUCGGCGCCCAGGCUGUCGAGACUCCUUUCCCCACCGGCACCCAGUCCGGCGGCGCCCGCCCUACCGGCAAGGGUAAGGGCAAGGGCAAGGGCAAGAACCACGGCACCGGUGCUCUCCCCUCCGGUGUUCGCCCUACCCAGGUCCCCGGUGCUGCCCAGCCCUCCGGCGGCUUCGGCGGCAACUUCCCCGGCUUCGGUGGUGAUGCUCCCUCCGGCGCUCCCUCCGCUGAGCCCACCUCCGCUUAA